AUGGCACUCUCCAACUUAAAAUCUAAUAGAACAACUCUUUCUUCUCAACUCAAUAAAAUCUUCAUUGCAUUCCUCUUCCUUCAAUACCACAAUGUCAAUUCACAAUAUUCACAAUCACCAAUACCAUCACAACAACUGUCACCGUCAGAAAUCUUUUCUUUUAGCAUAACCGAAUUCGAUGAACAAAAUCAAAAUAUAUUUCUCGGUGGAGACGCCUCAACCUCGGGUGGCAUUCUAAGACUAACAAAAACCGACGAAUAUGGUAAACCACUCCAAAACAGUGUUGGACGUGUAACACAUUUCACACCGAUUCACAUUUGGGAUAAAGCUAGUGGAGAAUUAGCAGAUUUCUCCGUUGGUUUCUCCUUUAACGUGAACACAAACGGUUCAAGACUCCAUGGAGAUGGAUUUACUUUCUUUAUAGGACCAGUUCAUUUCGAGUUACCAAAAAAUUCAAGUGGAGGGUAUCUCGGUCUUUUCAACCCAGAAACGGCACAUAUUCCAGCUAAAAAUCCAAUAAUAGCUAUUGAAUUUGAUAGUUUUACAAAUGGUUGGGACCCUGCUGCACCAUCUCAAUUUCCUCACAUUGGAAUUGAUGUUGGUUCUAUUGAUUCGGUUGCGACCGUGAAUUGGCCAAUUGAUUUUGUGCAAACAAAUGCUUUAGGAGUAGCUAGUAUAAACUAUAAUUCUGAGUCUAAGAAAUUGAGUGUGUUUGUGGUUUACCCUGGGAGUGAGAGGGAGGGAAUUAGUGUCUCUUCUAUUGUUGAUUUGAGGAGUGUUCUGCCUGAAUGGGUUAGAGUUGGUUUCACUGCUUCCACAGGAGAGUUAGUUGAAACACAUAAUAUUAUCAAUUGGUCAUUUGAAUCAGCUUUGUAA